UUAAUUUGUGCAUAACUUGAACAUGAACUGAUGAACAUGCUACCAAUUUAAAUAUGAAAGAAAGAAAGAAAUUCCGCUUAAAUUUAUUGCACUAAGCCUCAAACUAUAUCAAGUUGCCUACUAGUAGGGGUAACCCCACAAAGUCGGAAUCCAUGGUGAAGGUGAACUUCAUGUUGUACAACAUGAGAGUUAUUAUCUCUCUUGACUUGCAUAGAGAGCUCUAGCUUCGUGAUUUAUGUCAGAAAAAUCGGCUGCAACUUGGCCACACUUGUCCUAUAAAAUGGUUGAACGACCGGCAUUUCUACUGCAAGCCAAUUUCAACUAUCGAUAGAGCAAUACACUGUGAUUGAGAAAUGGCCUUGAAAUUAGUUCUUUUUGUUACCGUAAUGGUUGCUGCAUUGGAACUUCCAAUAGCUAAAGGCACUAGUCCUGUGUUUGAGGUCCAGCCGUCUUUUGUGCCAUGCAGUUUAGGUGCGAAUGUUACUGCCACCCCACCUUUCCCAAAUGCUCAAGUACAACUGCGGUGUGGAGCUGGAAAUGUGGUUGCUAGUACAACAACCAAUGCCAGUGGAGUAUUUUCAUUUUCCUUGGAUUCUACACGAGUUUUUCUCUCAGCAAAAGCACACUUGAGUAAUUGCAAUCUAGUGGUUAUAACACCCCUCUCCACCUGCAGCUCCACGCUUCCUGCUGUGGGAGUCUUGGAAUCGCCCAUACAGUUCAUUGGAUUCAGUCUUUUGAGGGGCCAUAUUGCUCUCAUUUUUAGGCCACUUGGGUUCCGUUACAGUUCCUCAACUUAAGGAAUAGAAGAGUAUUUACAUGAAUAAGGUCAAUUGAACCAAUGGUAUAGUAUUUUCCUUUCUAACUCUUUAAUAUUGUUAUGAAGAUUGUCAUCCAAUCUGUAAACUCCUUUCCUAAUUAAGGAGUACUCCUAUUGCUAUAUAUAAUUAAUAAAGCCUUUAAUGUCCUUCAAAUGAA